GGCAUGCGCGAGCGUGCCACGGACGGCGCAGACAGUAAACAGAGAGCACGCUGACGCUCGUCAAAAGUGGUGCCCCGGGAUGCCAACGCAGCUGGUGUUGGCGCUGCUCGCGGCCACAGCGGCGAGCACCCUUGCCCGUCCUCCAGAGCCCACGCCGUCUCGAGUGGUGGCGUUGGAGCCCGCACCGCGGGGACCUCUCCGCCAGCGCGUCCCCAUUCCAGAGUCGCGAGAGUACCUGUUACCGAGGUUCCUGCUGCCACACUUUCUAGGCUACGAUGACAGUCCCCGGAUGCCUCCGCCGCCACAGCGAACUUUACCCGACCACGAUUGGCUGAAUAAGGAAAUUGAUCGCAUCAAUCAGAUGUCAGGUGAAAGUGAAUCGAUCAUGAGGCCAUACGACGACGAUUUGGCCCACUGGAUUGCCCGCGACCCUUAUGUGCAGCGUAUCUUCGAAAAUCCCGUGAAAACGGCUCCUAGCCACAAAUUUGUUCUAGAGUCUAUGAACGAUGCAGAUGAAAUAAGAGAGAGACCACGUCUAAUGCUGGCUCCCUCUAUUCAUGAAAUAAAAGGCCUAAGCAAACGCCCCGAGAAACCGACCAGGGAUGAUAGAAAAUCAUUUGCACUCACGCCUCUCGAUAAAGGCUAUUUUGAACCAGAUCUGAAUGCGAAAAACCAACGAGAAGUCAUAGUGGAUACACCCAAUAUCGAGGAACCUUUGGCAGCUAUGGUUAAGGAGCCACCUCGGCAAACUCGGCAAAAUCCCAAUCUCAGUCGUACCAAAACUCUUGUCACCGAAAACAUAGACAAACUGAGAAGCGGACUGGCUAAUAAGGACUACCGAUUACCUGUCUCCUUACUGCCAACCAACCUGGGCUGGUUGAAAAUAAAUUCUGUUGAGGAUGAGGAGAGCAACGGCCACGAAGACGGUUUGAUGGCAGAGAAGGGUAGAGAGCACAUUCACGUGCUGGAGGCCUCCAAUAACGACCCCAUAGACCCACUGUUGUUUGCUGCCGUAGGCGGCGCCAUUGCGGCAGCUGUUAGCCUUACCAUCUUCGGAUUCACCUUCGCGUGGUAUACGUUGGCCAAAAAAGCGAAGGCUGCAGCUGACGUGGACUACCCGGCUUACGGAGUGACGGGACCCACGGUAGACUCUACGGGCGACAGGAAACUUGCACACUCGGCGCACAUGUACCAUUAUCAGCACCAGAAGCAGCAAAUCAUUGCGAUGGAAAAUAGGAUAGACCUUGAGCAGCGCCUGGGCUCGGUGUCGGAGCCCGAGUCGGAGGAGGAGAACGAGGAAGGUGACUACACCGUGUACGAGUGUCCCGGUUUCGCCACGACUGGUGACAUGGAGGUGAAGAACCCGUUGUUCUCCGACGACCCCACUCCGGCCACUCCUGGCAAGUGCGAAGUGGUGAAACCCCAACCCAAGGACUAACUGCAUACCAAAAAUUCUUCCUUCUACGGCUUUGACUUCUUCCUUAAUUCAUUAGGGAUCUCCAAUAACAUGGUUAGUCCUCUUUUAGUUAGAAUUUCAAUUAUUUUGACUACUUGUUAAGUAAGUAUUGAAUUACGCUUCUGAUGGAUGCGAGCGUGUAGUUCUGCAUCCUCAAUAUGUCAAUAGUAACUUCCAUGUUUGUUUUUGGGCAGUGGUUGAAAACAAUCUUACUUAGAAUAUUAUGCACCAAGAUACUAAGUUACAAAAAAUACGUUGUUAUGUUGUACAAAUAGGCUUCCAGGGCUAAAUGUUAAAAUUAAACCUCAAUUCGUAAAGACAGGUAGCAUUCCGUUUCUGACCGCAGCUGCACUACUGGUACGAACGCGUCGGUCUUAUUGUCAAUUUCCAUAGUAAAAUGGUAGUGCUGCUGUCUUUGGGAAUGGACUGUCACCUUAACCCAUGUGUCAGUUUAAUCUCUACCAAUUAUUAAAAUAUAACACACUUUAUGUACCUAAUCAGUCAAGCAAUCACAUAUCUUCUAUUUAGAAAGGUAUACCUAGGUGGUAUCUAGGUGUACUGUAUGGUGCACAUUAAAAAAUAUUUACUUACUUAAAGGUACCAAUACAUAAAAUGAAAAGAAGUGUUCGCGUUUCGAACAUAUAUUACCUACUUUUAAAAUUCUGGAAAAUAUUCCGGUGAUUAGGGUAAUCAAAUGAAAUUUUAUGAAACAUACAUACAUGAACAUGGUAAUUACUGAAAUUAGGCUAUAAAACUCAUAUAGUACGACUUCUUUGCUUUAUAUACAGUUAUUUACAAAUAUAAAUCGGUGUUACUCAAUGUGGCAAAAGUAGUAGGUAAGUAUAAUAAUAGAUUAAUGAAUGAAAUAACUAAAUGUAUCAAUACUGAGACUCGUCUAUCCCGCCUGUGGCUCGGCACCCUAUUGGUAUUUUACAUAGAGUACGCUGCAUCAGUAUUAUUUCUGUUUUCUCACAUACACAAUAGCUAAUAGGUACUUAGAUGAAUACGAAGAAAACAGGUACUUCCAGGGAUUCUAGGCAAUAUUUGCAUCGAAUAGUGACUAAAUAGGACUACCUUUACCUUUACGUCUGUAGAGGUCGAUAUCACGUACGUGUACUUAUGUAGUAUCCGUAAGUAACCUUUUUAUGACAUUACUUACAUAUAUUAUUAAACACGUAGCUAAAGCCUGUUUCUUUAUCCCAGAUAUUAAGGCUGGGCAAUAGAACUGCCAUUAACGUAAGUAUUUGUAUUCAUUACACUUUGUAUCUCCUCCGUGACACUUUUAUCUAUUUGCUCUUUCUCUUAUAAUGUGUAAAUAUAUUAAUGACUGCGUUUCCUCUUGUUGUGUUCUUUCAUUGCAUUUGUGAAUACUGGCAUGUGAAUUUAUUAACUCCGCCGCUACCAAAAGGUUGUCCGACAGAGAUCGCUUUUUAGCGAUUAGACCGCCUCCUGUUUUAUCUCUUGUGUUACUGUUUUUUUUCUGUAUUAUUUUCUUCUACUGAGGGGUGCAAUAACUCUUUAUUCGUCCCUAAACAAAUACUCCUAUUGUAUUAUAGGUAUUUGGGAUAUUAAAGAAACUGGAUUUUGGAUCCUCUCCACUCCAUCCUUCCUGCUUGGGCCUGGAUCCUGGAUCGGCCUAAACUCGUUAUUUGGGGCAACGAUACUUACCUACUGUUUGGUUUUGAUAUAUUUAUUGUUUUAAUAUCUUUACAAAAAAUAUAUAUUUACUGUAUAUAUACAUUAUUGUAACCUAAAGGUGCGAAUUUGAUUCAAGUGAGUAAACGUAAAAUACAAGUUUUUUUUUAAAUCUUUAAUGGCUUUAUGUAUCUUCAUAUAGAAUUAUUAAUACCUACCAAUAAGACACUUCUUAUAGGUACUUUAUCAGCCUCUGACGUAUAUAUUUUUGCUAUGAAUAUGUAUUUUGUGUUAAAGAAAAUGAACAAUAAAAGCAUUAGAGGAAUCGCUUGAAAUGAUUAAGUAAUCGGAGUCAGUAAGCAGCUGCUUUCUUCAACUAAGCGGUAAUUAAAAAGCUUAUAAUUUGUCUGGUUAUCACACCGACCCGACCCGAUAUUCUUUACAGGAGCGGUGCGAUAUUCUUUGAUUAAAACCUUGUCGAAUUAAAAUUUACCUUCAUACUGAUAAAAAUACUGAGAUAUGAAAUAUACAAUUGAUGAAAAUUGUUUAAGUACCUAAUCGUUUUAUAAGUAUACUCGUAAGGUAAAGUUAACAAUGUAUUAUCCGUUUUCAAAAUAUAUGAUUCAUAUAUGUCAGGCUGCAAUAUUUUUUAUUAUGAAAUCUUGAUACUUCACAUCAUAGUAAACUUUGUCUGGCAAAGUAUGUAAAUUGCUUUAAAUAUUUGGAACAACUUGUCUGUCAUCAAAUUUUACAUUGAAUUACAGAGCACCACUACGGUUACUUACUACGAUAGAACCUACUUGGUUCUUAUGAUUUAGUGACUAAUUUAAAAACAAGCUAUUACUCCCGUGGAAGUAAAAUAGACUUUAACUCCCGCUGCACCUGCGUGAAAUAGCACGCUUAUCAAUCAAUCAAUCAAAUCAAAUCAAUCAAAGCAUUUAUUUUCAGGCUACUAAGGCCCAUAGAUACAUACCUUACAAACUAACAUAUAUAUACAAUAAUAAAAAACUUAAAUACUAAAAAAAAUAUUUUUAAUAAAAUAUUUUUUUUAUGUAGUGUGAUGAAAAAUUACAAUUAAACAUUUAAUUUCAAAUUAGAUUACACCUUCGGUGCCGGGCGUUUAUCUUCUUGUGAAUUUGGUGCGGACUUCAAAGAGAAUAGUUGUGGAUAAUAUAAUUAUAAGGGAACCAAUAUAUUCUAUGGCUCUUUCCACACAGACCUUACUCCAACGGGCAUUCAGAAUAUGAAAUUAAGAAUUGUUUAGCUACGAGUACAUCAAUGUCUGCGCACGAUCAUGAAUAAAUAAACGCAUAUAGGUAGGUAAGUAUAUAUCCCUAAUUUAUAUAUUAUCGCAAGUGUUAAUUUAUAACGCAGAAUGUUAUUUAUAUGUAGGUAUCUUAUUACCUACUUUUGUUGUUUAAAUUAUUAAUUAGCAAAAAGUAGAACAUAUUUAUGAGCAAAAUCGCCAGGGUUCUAUCUGCGGGUCUAACAACUAUAAAUGUAACCUCCACUUUUAGAAAAAAAUGUUUAAAAGCACGAUAUGUGGUACAGUGUAUGCUACGAGAGUCAAAAGGUACCUAUUUGUAAUUGGUAAUUGGGUAGUUGGGCUCGCAACCUGCAGCGAAUUAUUUUUCGAGUAAUUUAUUAUCUAAUUGUCAAUUUUAAUUGACUGAUUAACCAAGUCUCACCGUGCCACGAUCAGAAAUCUUUGUCAUAGACGAACUAAAGUAGUCAUUUAAUAUAUCCAUCGAUGUAAAUUUCCUAUACGUAUAUGUAUCUUUCUUUGUUGUUUUUAUGGGUAACAUAUUAUAUAAUAAACGGUAUCAAAUAAGUA